CUGACUCUUCUACGUGCAACUACUUUGUAUUAAUACAAUUGUCCUUACAACAAUACCUUUUUAUAUUAAAAAAUAUUAUAAAUUAUAACUAUAAUUUAGUCUUAUUAGUUGUGCCGACAAAAAUAGAAUAAAAGUGUCAUAAUUAAUUUAAUAAAUUUAAAUUUAUAUUAUGGAUAUUAAAUUUUUUAUUGUGUUACUUUGCAGUUUCAAUUUGACUUUAGGAAGAGGUGUAGAGAAUAAAAUAAAAAAAUUAAGGGGAGAUUUGGGAGAAGAAAGCGACGAAGAUGAAGAUGUUGUAAGGAUUCAGUGGGAAGGAAAUGGAAAUUUUGGAAAAAAGUUCAGUGUUUUGAGUGACAUUGAUUCCGCAGAGUCAGGAAUUCCCUGGCCGAUUUUGCAGCCUCCUUUUUAUUACUAUUCGUCGUCAAUUAAUGAUUUUGACAGGGAAAAUUUGAGCCGUGAGGAUCAAAAAAGAUUGGAGGAAAAUUCGGGGGAGAGAAAUAAGAGUAACACUGUAAAAAAAUUGAGGAUAUAUGAGAUUACUGGUCCCGGAAGGAGGGAUGAAAAAUUUGGUGAAAAUUUGGGAAAUAUUCAGAGGAAAGAUUCGGGAAAAAUUGAUCAGGAAAGUUGGAAAAAUUUUAAAAAGACCGAAAGUGGGAAUUAUGGCGAAGAAAGAAAUUUUGGAAAGAAUCGAAGUAUUGGAAAUUUAGGAGAAUUUGAUAAUAAUGAUAAUGUGAGGAAGUUGAAUGAAUAUUUUGAGCGGAAGGAUAAUUUUGAACGGUGGAAAUUUGGUGAGGGAAAUUUUGGAAAAGGAAAUAGGCGGAAUUUUGGAAAUCAGAGUGAAAGUAAUAGUGAUAAUUUUGGUAAUGGGAGAAAUUUGAAAGUUUUGAAGGUUGGUGAAAAUUUUGAACAUCGAAAUUAUGGAAAUGAUAAAAAUUUGAAAGUUUUUAAUGCUAAUGAAAAUUUUGAACAUCUUUUGAAGGUAGAUCAAAAUUCUGAUAAUGAUAAAAAUUUUAAAAUUUUGAACAAUGAUAAAAAUUUUGAAAAUGAUAAAAAUAAGAAAUUCGAUGAAAAUUUGGAAAGAACAAAUUUCGGAAUUGGUCGGAAUUUAAAAGUUUUGAAAAUAGAUGAAAAAGAAAUGCAAAAUAAUGGAAAUUUUGGAAAUAAAAAUUUGAAAGUGGUAAAAAUAGGGGAAAACAUUCUUCCAGUUCACAUAAGAAAUUUUGGAAAUACUGAGGAUAUUAUCAAGGCUCACAAUGUUCAAAUUUUGAGUCGACCAAGAGACUGGUUUGAUGGUAUAAAAAAAUCUGAUGAUAGAAUAAAAAACGAGAGUGAUUUUGGAGGGGUCAAAAGACCGAAGGAUUUUGAAAAUAAUCGAGAAAUUGAUGAUGAUCAAAAUAAAAGCGAAGAAACAGAUGGCGCUGUUAAAGAAACAAUUUGGGAUCCUAGCAAAACUGAUGUAAAUAUUAAAAAAUUGAGACCGAUGCAGUCUUUGAGCGUCAUUAGGCCCUUAGAAGGUUCACAAUUUCCAAGGGGAAAUCGCAAGUAUCAAAACAGCGAAGAAGUGUCUGAAAGAAGAAAUUGGGAGUUUUCAAGGGAUGGUCAUUUAAGGAGAAAAGAAUUUCAGAGGGUUAAUCAUUUCAAAUAUUUGGAUUCACACUCAAAAUAUGGAGCGAUCCCUGGAAUCCCUGGCAGAGAUUAUCCAGUAAAUACAGAAUACAACCAACGCGCUACCAAGAAAUUUUUAUGCCCGACGCAUACAGACACUCAUAUUUAUAUCGCAGAUAGGUCUUCGCGUUGUCAAGUGUUUUAUGUUUGCUAUGGUAGCAAUUCAGGUGUGCAGAUGGUCUGUCCAGACGGAACGCUCUUUAACCAACAAUUGCAAGUGUGCGAUUGGUGGUUUAAUGUCAUUUGCUGACUGAAAUAUAUGAAAAAUGAAUGACUGUAAUAAAAUAAAU